AGCCAAAAUACUUUCAAGACAAGCAACUCCAUUGCUGUGCUGUUUCGACAUAUAUCAGGGCGGUCCCGCCUGCUCCAACGGAACUCCCCAUCGAAAGCAUUCUUAGUUAAGGAGUUCACUACCGCCAUCAUGAUGUCCAGCGAGAGCAUGAAGAAAGCUAUUGGCGGCCUCAACUUAAUAUCGAUUGGCGCAGCACUCGUUUUCCAUGCAUUAUUUGUGGUCCCAUACUGUUCUAAACUGCUUAAGAACAGUAAGAAUGAGAAUAAAUGCUCGUUCAGAACCGGACAAGCCAAAGGACGCACCUCAGUAUGGCUAGCAAUCUGGUUCCUCGAGCUAUGCGUAGGAUCAUUAUAUCACGCCCGCAUUUCCGAUCGAUUUCAGUCGUACAUCGGGGAUAUUAGGAGAUGCAUCGAGUUUUUUACCGCUCUUUAUGCCACCCUUACUUUCACUUCUGCUCUCUUGGCACAGUUCGAACUCUCUCUUGAGAUACGAUAUCCACAAAAGGAAACUAGAGACGACGCGAAAAUCGUCUCCGUGCACCAGCCUGUAAAGCACUACGAAAUAUUCGCUCGGGCUGUCGAGAUGGUGGCUGUCUUACGCUUUUUGACGUCCAUUGGUACUCUCGGGGGCAAAUAUCAGCAAAGUUUGCACACCAUUAGCAUUCUUCUGGACAUGUGCAUAUCUACACUUUUUAUCCUUGCCGCUUCUAUAUCAUUCAUCUAUUUUGUCAAGGCUCGUCCGCUCUUUCACCAAUCUUUACAUAUCUCCCCAAUGAUUCCCUAUGCGCUUUCUGUUCUCCGACAUCUUGUCGAUGUCAUCGCCGCGGUGGAAACGAGGUAUCAAAAAUUGAAUUCCAGCGAAGUUCGAAUUGGGGUUUAUUGGGAAACCUGUAGAGUGGUUUGUGUCGGAUGGUCGAUGAUUGCCUGCCUUCUGAUUAUCUACACCAUUCAGGUCAAAAGGUCUCAUGGCAUUGGAAAGGUCUCUUUUACGACUCUUCCUCUUAAAUCC